AUGGGCGCAGGCACUUUCCAUGUGCAGGUGUCUGGAGUUGAGAAUGUUGGUCCGGUUGCUGAAGGUCUUAAGAUCGAGGAGCAGCUCUCAAAAGCACCUGAGGCCUCACCGGAGGCCCACAGUGACCUAGAGAAGCACUCCACUGAAGCAUCUGCUCACCAGCCGACAGAGACAUCCACGCAGUUGCAGUCUGACCCAGCUCUCACCCAUGGGUCAGAGCCUCCAGAGCUAUCUCAGGUAACGUCUCCAGAGACGAGUGAGGGUCGGGCCCAGCUGAAUGCAGCACAUGUCAGUGAAGAGCCCAGCUCUGUCAGUGCCACUGCUGAGGACGUCAGCUCCUGGACCCCUGACCAUGGGGAUCAAGGCCACUCAGAGAGCCCAGUUUCUCCCAGCACUGAUGUCGAAUCAUUCUCUGACUCAUACACUCACAUAAGUCCUACCUCUGGAUCAAGUCCACUUCCUGCUUCAGUUUGUCAGGAAAGAGACUGGUUUAAAUCAGACGAGGAUUCUCUGAGAAAAACCAUAACUGAAGGUGAGAGACUGUACAGCAGAAGUGAUAGUGUGACAUACUUUUUCCUCAGUGUAUUUAUAAUCUAUUUUGUGUUUAUUUGAUUUUAAAGGAGUUUGUUUAUAAUACUUGUUGUUUGCUUCUAUGUUUUAUGUACUGUAUAUAUUUUUAAAGUGGUGGUCAAAACGGAGCAUA